GUCUUGCUUUCCCUCUAAAGUCCAACUCUCUCUCUCUCUCAGCCCUCAUUACUCAUUUCAUAUCAACUCGGAUUCGUAUAGUUAUAGCCUUUAAAAUCCCUUUGAUGGUUUAGUUCUUUCGCAAGUUCAUGAAAUUACAACUUGGACACUUUGACAGUGCCACUAGAGAUUGUCACGCUCAUCAACGAUACAUCUUCAUACAGUUGUUUUCUUGCUUGUAUUGAUCCUUUUCUCAAGUUUUGCGGAUUUGGGUUUUGGACCAGUUCCUGUAAUUCAGCUACAGAUUAAUUACAGUCUAUUAAUUUGGUGAAAAAUCAAUGCCGAGGCAAAAGCCGGAAAUUGAGGGCAGGAUUAAUGUAGGACAGUACGGCAAGAUCCGAAAGCGAGGGUGUUCGUCGUCGUCGUCGUCGUCAUUGAAGCAAAGAUAUCGAUUCAAGCGAGCUAUUUUGAUCGGGAAGAAGGGUGGGUCGAGCACGCCGGUGCCGGAGUGGAGAAUGGGCUCGAGGCCGCCGUCUUCUGCCGCAAUAAAUGCCGUGACGAUGAAGCAUCCGCAGUGCCGCGCCGGCGCCGGUGCCAGCGGCUGUGAUGGGAAGGAACUUCCCGUCUCUGCGCGGAAGCUCGCCGCGACUUUGUGGGAAAUCAACGAGGUUCCCUCGGCGCCGGCGAUGAAGGACUCGGAGGAGAUUAGGAACAGGAAAGAGAAGAGAAGAGUGGAGAAGACUGCGAAGCCGUCGCUGCCGCCACACUUGUCUGAUCCAUCGCACAGCCCUGCUUCUGAGAGGACGGAUCGAUCCAGAAGUGAAACUCACAGGAGAAGAGCAUCAGCCAUUUCUCCGAAACCUCAGCUUGCUGAUUACCAUCUGGGAGGAUUGGACUCUCAUGGAAAUUCCAGUUUAAUGGAGAUCAAAACCCUAUCGCGGGGCAGCACACCUGCUCGAUGCUUAGUUGGAGUCAAGAGCCGUCUGAAGGAUGUGAGUGAUGGCUUGACCACAUCUAGAGAGCUUCUGAAAGUUCUCAAUCGCAUUUGGGGUGUGGAAGAGCAGCAUUCAUCUGGCUUAUUGCUUGUCUCGGCACUGCGUGGGGAGCUCAGUCGAGCUCGUGCCCAGGUUGAUCAACUGAUUCAAGAGCAUCAUUCUAGUCAGAACGAGAUUAAUUACCUUAUGAAGCUUUUUGCAGAAGAAAAGGCGGCUUGGAAGAGCAAGGAACAAUCUAGGAUUCACGAUGCUAUAGCAUCCAUGGCGGCAGAGCUUGAGGUGGAGAAGAAGCUCAGAAGACAAACAGAAAGGCUGAACAAGAAGCUCGGGAUGGAAUUGGCAGAUACAAAGGCAGCUUUAUCAAAAGCAGUAAAAGAGCUUGAGGGAGAGAAGAGGGUGAGGGAGAUACUGGAGCAGGUAUGCGAUGAGCUAGCCAGAGGCAUUGGGGAAGAUAGAGCACAGGUAGAAGAACUGAAAAGAGAAUCGGAAAGAGUUCGGGAAGAGGUAGAGAAGGAGAGGCAGAUGCUUCAGCUAGCCGAUGUGUUGCGUGAAGAGAGAGUGCAGAUGAAACUCUCUGAAGCAAAAUUGCAGUUUGAGGAGAAAAAUGCAGCUGUGGACAGGCUGAAAGAUGAGCUGGAAUCCUACUUGAGAACCAAAUCGGGUAAAGAGAAUUGCAAUGAGUCUCCAAAUUUCGGCAUGGGUAAAGAAUUCCAGGAGUAUGGGAGGGAAAUCUCCCCUGCUCUCUGUGAAAAUGGCAAGGGAGAAGAUAAUGAAGGGGAAGUUGCAGAUGACAGUGAUGAUGAUUCAGCAGAUAGCGACCUUCAUUCCAUUGAAUUAAACAUGGACAACAAUAGCAAGAGCUACAGGUGGGGUUAUGCUUGCGGGAAUGAUGUUCAAGAUGAUUCACAAAGCUCUUCGGUUUCUAUUGACAAAGACAUCAAGGGAAGUAUGUCAUCACCGGAGGAGAAAAUACAAUGGGGAAACAUUUCCUUGGGAAGAGAAACUUCAGAUUGUGUCGAAUGGGACUUUGGUGCCAAGAGCAGAGAAAAUUCAGAUGGGUUGUCAGUAGCCUGGAGAGAAGACAAUGAAGAAGAAAUCAAGAGGAAUAAAUCAGUGAAGGGUCUCAGGGACUACAUCCUCUCUGGAUCCAAAACAGCAUCCUCUCUAAGCUUUGCCAGUCCAACCAGACAGUGGAGCCAAUCUCUGUCCUCACAGGGUCUUGGCAGUGCAGCUGCUCAAGAAGGUUCUGCUGUGCUGCACAACAACAGUUUGAAUGCCAGGUUGAUGGGAAUCAGAGACGAUCCCACAUAUUAUUCCAGACAGUAAGAAGUUGUUCUUGCUGUUUUCCUUUCUCCUCCUACGAAAAAAGCUUGCUUGAGUUUUUUCACUGGCUGCUGGUCGCUGCUGCAUUUGCAUUUCUCAUAUAGCGAAAUGAUGAAUGCAAGCUUCGGUGUAUAAAAUUUUGUAAAAUGCUUUGUGGACCUACUUAAAAACUUUACCUGUACAAAAACUGCUAGUGUUGUUCAACACUUCAUAUGCCUCGAGUGUUUAAGCAUUGCAAUUUGUAGCUCAAGAGGAAUAUACAUAUUAUAUAUGUUACGAUUUGGGGGAUUUUUGGAAAGGUAA